AUGAGCUCGUCGCUGUCGCAAGCGCUGUCAUCCCACAACAAGCGGCGCGGCACGCUGCACGACGACAUCGAUCGCAGCGUGUACACGGUCGGCCAGACGCUUGUAUCAAUCGUGAAUGACCCGCGCACCGCCGGCCUGCCGGCCUCCACCGGCUUCUGGGGCUUUGGCAGCCAUGAUGCCCCCCAGGCCGACGCGCAGCCGCCCCCGAUCGACGCGUCAAAGUACCCAGCUGUCAGCCAGCAGGAUUUGAAUCAGUACCUGAAGGUCGUGCGCGGCGCGUACGAGCGCUUCGUGCGCGACCGCGAGAGCCUCGAGGCGUUUGAUCACGCACGGCCGCUCGGCGGCGGCGGCGCGGGCGGCAGCGGCGCGGGCGGCGGGGCGGAGGCGGAGGCGGAGGGGACGCCGUUUGGCAGCGGCGGGGGCUAUGGCGGGGCCGGCAGCAGCCAGGGCGAGGCGUUCAUGGCGGCGCUGCAGACGGUGCCUGGGCAGUACUUUUCAGAGGACUUUGAGAGCAAGUGGGACGACUUCUUUGUCCAGUUCUGCCAGAAUCAGAGCGCGGAGGAGCUGUAUGGGGAGAUCGACGAGCUCAACAAGAACCUGGACGUCGUCGAGCUGCAGCUUCUCAGGGAGGUGGCCGCGCGCAGUGCCUCCUUCUUCCAGGCGGCCGGGCAGCUGCAGGGCCUGAGGGGCGUGCUGCAGGACACGCUGGACGUCGUGGGGUCGCUGCGGCGCCACGUGGGGGGCCUGGAUGCUGACCUGUACAGAGCGGCGGUGGGCGUGGCGGCGCUGCAGCGGCGGAGGGGCAACCUGGAGCAGGCGCUCGACAUCACUAAGGCGCGGGCGCUUAUGCGGCGUGCCCUGAGUGACGUGCUGGACUGCCGGCAGGCCCUAGAGGGCAUGAUUGAGAGCGAGGACUAUGCGGACACGUCCGAGGCGGUGCGCGGCAUGCUGGUGGCCGAGUUCCUGUCGGCGCUGGAGAACCGGCCGCUCGAGGACGUCGUCGCGGCGGCGGCCGCAGAGGCGGCGGUCGCGCAGGCGCGGCAGCAGCACGACGCAAGCAGCGACGCCGAGCCGGGCCCUGAGACCCGCGCGGCCGAGGCGUCCCCCUUCACUCAGCAGCUGUCCAUCCUCACUGCGUUGGCCGCGGAGGCGGCGGGCGCGCUGCAUGAGAAGCUGCUGCCCCUGGCCGUCGGCCUGUGGCGCGCCGACAAGCUGGGGGCGGCGAUGGCCCAGUAUCGGGACAACGUGGCGGCGGAAGUCAAGGGGGCGAUCAGGGAUGUGGUGCAGCAGGUUGUGCCGAUGCUGCUGGCGGCGGCGGGCGGGGACGGCGGCGGCGGCGGCGGCGGCGGCGGGUCUGGGGCGGAGGUGCAGCUGGCGGAGCAGUUGCAGGCGCUGCAGCACGGCGCGUUCAUGCAGCUGCUGCGGGCGGUGGCGCGUGUGCUGAUCGCGUGCUGCGGCCACGUCCUGGCGGUGGGCAAGGUGCUGGAGGAAGUCCUGGCCGGCUGCCAAGCUCACCCCAGCCAAGUUGCUGCCCUGCGCAAGGACGUCACCGCGGCGCUGCAGGUCGCGGUCGACGCCGGCCAGGGGCGCUGGGUGAAGCUGCUCGGCGCCCGCAGCAGCGCCCACAUGCGGCUGCGGCUCUACGAGCUGAAGCAGCUGCUGGACGCGUCCGAGGAGGUGGCCGCCUACGCCGAGUCGUGCGGCGCCCGCACCCUGGGCUCUCUCCGCAGCUCCCUGCAGGCGCAGUGCAAGGCCUUCCUGGACAGCCAGCACGGCCGCUGCACCAUGCAGCUGCAGCACCUGCUGGAGGGCGAGCAGUGGACGGUCGUGGAGGUUCCCGCAAGCUUCCAGCAGAUCGUGGAUCGCCUGCUGUCGCGGUGCGGCGAGGGCGCCGCCAUGAUGCUCGCAGACGGGGACGCCGCCGUGGGCCCCAAGAGCCGGGACCGCGACCAGGCCGCCCCGGAAGCCGCGGGCGCCGCGCCGGCGCCCGCGCAGGCGCCGGCGCCGCAGGCGGCGCUGCUGGUCAACGGGCGGCGGUUCCACCUGGUCAACAGCGCGCUGAUGCUGCUGAAGAUGGUGGACGACUACAUGAGUCUGUACGACAUAGUGCCGCAGUUUGGGGCUGAGAUCGUCCACCGGGAGCUGGAGUUGCUCAAGCAGUUCAACUCACAGGUGCGGCAGGCGGCGCGGCCGGCCUCGCCGUAA